AUGGCGCCGAGCGUCAUGAGCUUGUCGCGGCCGACGUGGCUGCCUGCAGUUCCACCACGCGCCUUUGUGAAGCGACGACCAAGACCAAGGACGAGAUCAUUCGCCGCCUUCACGCCGACGGUAGCGACGACGCUUCAAGCCAACACAAUGAUGGCCAACGGGAGCGGGGUCACCAGCUCGGUUGGCACCAAGAAAAUAAAACAACCACCACACCCAAGAGCCAGGUGA